AUGACGUCAGAAACAAUAAUUGACUUGGUUUUUACUAAUAUGGAAAUGGAAAUUAAGGUAUGUCAUGAACCCAGGAUAACGGAUCAUUCAGCAAUAAUGAUAUGCUGGAGUAUAAAUGUGGAGGAGCAUAGGGAUGGUACUAUCAUAUACAGAGACUACAAGCGAAUGAAUGUAGAGGAAUUUAAGAGAUUGUUAUGUAUGUAUCUAAACGACAUCGAAGGAGAUAAUAUUGAUAGGGAGAUUACACUAAAAGAGGAGUGGAAAGGAAAGCAAUGGUUUUCACAGGAUAUUUAUCAAAUGGUAAAACAGAGGGAUAGGGCAUAUAGGGUAGCUCGUGACAGUAAAAAUAACGAGGACUGGGAAUUGUUUAGACAGCUAAGGAAUAAAACAGUAGAUAUAUGCAGAAAAGCAAAGAGAGACUAUUUAGAAGAAAAAUUAGAUAGAAGUAAAAAAGAUCCGAAGCAAAUGUGGGAGGUUCUGAAAGAGAUGUUAAAAGGCAAAGUAACAAAUAAACAGUAUGAGGAAAUACAAUGUAGGAAUAGGGUAAUUAGAAAUGUAGAAGAAAUGGCAGACAUGUUUAACUAUUAUUUUGUAGACAGUAUAAAUCAGCUAAUAAAUAGAAACCAGGAAGAAGACAGGAUAGGUAAUGUAAAGUAUACAAAUAAGGAAUGGGAUAUAUUCAUGAGAGUCGAAAUCGAGCAGUUAAGAAAGAUAGUUAGGGACUUGAAAAAUAAGGCAGGUACGGAGGAAGGUAUAACUGUGGAAAUAAUGAAAUAUGUAAUGGAUGUAACAGGCGAGAAAGUGUGUGAAAUGCUGAAUAGGUCACUGGAGGAAGGAGUGGUUCCUAAACAGUGGAAAGAGGCGAUUGUGAUUCCAAUACCUAAA